AAUUUAAAAAAUCCAAAGAUUUUUAUGAAGGUAACAUAUACAAAAUAUGCUUUGUUUAGUUCAAUAUUUCCUAUCCCUUAACUGGUGCUUAAAAGACAGUCGAAAUUGAUGAUGACAAGAAAUGCUCAAUCUUCUUUGACAAGAGAAUGGGACAAGUUGUAGAAGCAGACAACUUGCGGUGAAGAAUUAUAAAGGAAUAUGUGUUAAAGAUUUACAGGUGGUAACGACAAACAAGGAGUCCUCUUCAAGGGAAGAGUCAGAAUUCUCAUGAGAAAGGGACACAAGGGUUACAGACCUAGAAAGGACGGAGAGAUGAAGAGAAAAUCAAUUAGAGGAUGCAUUGUCGGUUAAGAUAUUAGAGUCCUUGCCUUACAAGUUGUUAAGAAGGGUGCCAAUGAAAUUGCUGGACUUACAGAUCAAAACGUCCCAAGAAGAUUGGGUCCAAAGAGAUUGACCAAAUUAAGAAGAUUGUUUGGAUUCAAAAAAGCAGACCGGGUAAUCUCAUCAGAAGAACAUGGACCACAAAGGUACGGAAAGAAGAGAUAAAAGGCUCCAAAGAUCCAAAGACUUGUUACUGAAUCAAGAUUGAGAAGAAAGACCAUUCAAAAGAAGACUGAAUAAGCCAGAAGAACCAAAGCCAAAUAAGCAUUGGAAGCAUAUAAAAAAUUAGCUCAUGAUGUUCACGAGGCUCACAAGAAACACAGAAAAGCAUCAUCUGAAAUCAAGGAAAAGGUUAAAGAAUAACCAAAGGCUAAGGAUACCAAGGCUACAACCAAACCAGCAUAAGGUGGAAAAUAAGCCACUCAAACUAAAGCUUAAGCUCCAGUCAAGGCUGCAGCUCCAGCAAAAACAACAGCUCCAGCCAAGACAGCCCCAGCUAAGACAGCCCCAUAACCAACUCAAAAAGCUCCAACCACCACCACCAAAGCCAAGAAAUGAAAAUGAUAUUAUAAAUAAAGUACAUUACAUAAAAAAAUUUAUAAUUCAAUAAAA